CCACCCCACCCCCCUGGUUACAACCUGGCUUGUACGUGUGUCGGGGGCAGGGAAAGUUCAAGUGACUGUUUUUAAUUUAUGCAAACCCUUCAGAUUCCAUUCUCUGAGCCCGCUCUUGCUGUUCUCACUCAAGGAGAAGGGACGUCACAAAGCUGCAGUGGUGGACUCCACAAACUGACACAACUUGUAACAUUAAUUCCAAUUAGAUGACAUGGAGUGGAGAACCUGGGUUUAGGAGUGUUCCACACGUUGGGGGGAGGGGGUAUUUUUAAUAAAGAUAAAUAAGUAGUUGAAAAACAAACUGUAACCAAAGUUGCUGUCUCGUUUACAGUAAGUUUGGGGAUAAUGUGUGCCCUUUCUCAACCCUCGAGAGCACAGUGAGUGAGUCAGACUCUGGUUCAUGUUUGGAGGUAAAGCAGACUGAGGAACGGCCUGGUCUGAUGGUAUAGUUGCUGUAAUUGGAUGCUAACCAGUCAGCCUACAACUUCGUAGGCUGUUGACAGACACCUUCACUGGGGAGGCCUGUGCAGUAGAUUGUAGGGCAUUUUAUGUGCCGUACUGCUCUUGAGUGUCAAGCAUUCUGUAAACAAGUUUCAUACAGAAAAACGUUGACAAUGCAGCUGUACUAGAGUUUUAAAAGGUCAUUUUAGUUUUGACGUUUAAAAGCUAAAAAGGCUUUCCCCAAAGUACCGAGAACCUACUACAACACCCUUACCUCCUCUCUUUAGCCCUUGAUUGUAUGAAUUGACCCUUGUAAAAGAAAUCACCUCUUAGGACUGGUUUUCAACUUCAGAUGCAGCUUUGCUGUGGUGUAUAUAUGAUGUUGUACAUUACACUUCCUUUCUCUGUGUCUGUCUCUGUCCGUGUCACUAUUCCCACACUUUUUGUUGAUGAGGAAUGAAGGUGACCCAUGAGUUUGGUUCCUGUCAUCCAGUCCCUGCUGAUAGACCCUCUCUCCUCCAGCCUCUCACUCCACGGCUCCUUAUUACGGCAGACUCGGGUCAAAUCUGUUAUCUCCUCCUGGUACAACAAAAAAACUCUAGAUGAAGAAACACACAUUUGACAGUUAUUUUCUCCAGUGAUAUGGAUUCUGCAUAUUUGUAUUUCAGACUAUGUAGCUAAAAACAUGUAAAUUCCUCCUUUUCCCUUUUUUUGGCUCAAUGAAUAUCAUUUAUUCAGUAUGAAAUCUUUAUACUAUAUGUUCCACGUGGUAAGAAUAAAUGUACAUUAAAUCUUCGUAAGAUGUUUGAUGGUUUUGUUCCAUUGGACUUGAAGUGUCUUUUUCUCAGAUGUACAAUUUAUUAAAAAGCAGUUUAUUUUUCAAAAAUGUUCUAAAAUCCCUGGCCCUGUGAACAUACCGGGUGUGCAUGUAUUUUUAUUCCAGCCCAGUACUAGAACACUUGAUUCAACUAAUGGUCAAGCUUGAUAAACUGAAUCAGGUUAUUAUGUUAGUACUGGGCUGGGAUAAAAGCCUGCACACUAGUGUGCAAUCCUCCAUGAUCAAAGAAGCACCUUGGUCUCUGCUUCCUUGGUUAUGACUAGUUUCUAGGAUUUGAAUCAAGACAAACUAGUCUUGUAUGAUGAAUCUAUACUUUAUAUGGUAUCGUAAUUAGUAUAUUUAUGAAAGGUCAUAAAAGUUAUUGUAGUAUUUCAUUAUGAAACAAUGAUAACUGAACAUCAUUCAAAGCAAAUAUUAUUCCCUUCUGUUUAACAGCUGGAUACAAUGUCCCUUUUUCACUCGAACUUUUAUUUUGAAAUAGAGAAAAUUCCACCGGAAGUAAAUAUUUAGCGGACCAAGCGGUUCCAAUAAUAGAAUGUGAAGGUUUCUGAGCUUAAUGUCUAUGGUUCUGACCUGGCUUCUCUAAUCAAAAAGUAAAGAUAUGUGUGACAAAAAAAUUGACCGUGUGUAAAUGAAUGUCAACGUUUAGUCCAAAUUGACACCGUCUAUUUCGAGUAUUUGUAGAGGCGGAAUAUUGUGUUGCCUUUUGUUCCAACGACAGCAGGCUAGCUCGCGCUAGCUAUUGUUAUGGGUAAGGCUGUUCAUUGUAAUGACAGAUGGACGUUAAGACGGUACUGCAAUUCGCCGCCACCACAAGAGGCUUGUCACUACUAAUACAGGCUCUCCUAAAUGCUGCAAUCCCAGAUCACGAAGCUGAUGCAUUCACUCCUCCACCUGCAGAGGUGGAGCCUCGGCUUCUGGACCCUGCAGUGCAAUGGUUUCUGGGGGGCCUUUCCCACUGGGAUGCAGAGCAUUUUCUCUUCAUCGCUGAAAGGGGUUACCUGUAUGAGCACAACUACGCCUUCUUCCCCCUGUUCCCUGUCAUACUGCGGGGGCUUGCAGAGACUAUACUACGGCCCCUCAGUGGCUGUCUUACGCUGCGUGGACGCCUGCUACUGGCUGUUGCCUUGGGUAACAGCGCUCUCUUCCUGUUGAGUGUGGUAGCACUGUAUGGACUUGGCCGCGUGGUGCUGCAGGACCGGCGUCUUGCUCUAGUCUCCAGUUUGCUCUACUGUCUCACCCCUGCCAAUGUCUUCAUGACAGCUGGUUACUCAGAGAGCCUGUUUGCUGCACUGACCUUCGGUGGCCUCUUUCUCCUGGAGAGAGGAUACACCCUCAGAGCCUGCCUGGCUCUGAGUAUAGCUACUGCUGCGCGAGCCAAUGGACUUGUGAAUGUAGGAUUCUUGUUGUAUCUGCCCCUGCAACAGGCCCUGUCCAAGAUCUGGGGACUGCAUAAGGACAAUAAUAGGCACAACAAAUGCCUCCACUACACCUGGAUCGUCGCUCGUCUCCUGUUCACGGCUGCAUUGGGCACAGCAGUUAUUGCGCUCCCCUUCUUGGUCUUCCAGUACUAUGGGUACAGGGCGUUCUGUACACCCUCCCUCUCCUUGGAGCAGGUUUCCCCUGCCCUCAUCCAGCUGGCUGAGGAUAAAGGCUACAGGGUCCCUGACGAAAACGCACCCCCACCCCUCUGGUGCCUGCGACCCCUCCCCCUGCUCUACUCUCAUAUCCAGGAUGUGUAUUGGGAUGUGGGCUUCCUGCGCUACUUCCAGCUUAAGCAGAUACCCAACUUCCUGCUGGCACUGCCCAUGGCAACUCUGGGCAUGGCGGCGGCCUACAUGUACUAUAGGGCUAACCCAGCCAGGUGUCUGAGACUGGGGCUAUGGGACGAAGGGGCAAACAAACGGCCAGACAAACCCACACCUGGAUUUUACAGCCCCAGGGUGUUUUUGUAUGUGGUGCAUGCUACAAUGCUCCUGGGAUUUGGAACAUUCUGCAUGCAUGUGCAGGUUUUGACCCGGUUUCUGUCUUCCUCCUCCCCUGUACCUUUCUGGAUCAGUGCCCACUUGCUCUUACUCUAUGAGCCCCUCCUUCAGCGAAGGUCACAACCCACAUCCAAUAAGGGGCAGCAGCGGGGGACACCCAGGACUGUCUUCUUGUACUUACCCCAAAACCCCAUUGUUCAUCUACUGUCCCGCUGGAAGACAUGCUCUAUCCCCACACGAUGGAUUCUAGGGUACUUCAUCUCCUAUUGGCUUAUGGGCCUGGCACUGCACUGUAACUUCUUACCAUGGACUUGAUCUGACACUUUCUAUUAAAGACCUGAUGUGUGCACAAAAUACUAUUUGAGGG